GUCGUAGAUUUGUGAAUCACGCCUAUUAUAUAACGUCUGCGUACAAUCUCUGUGCAUUUCCCCAAAACAUAACCAAAAUUUCAUCUUUAUCAAUGAAUUUAGGCUAAUUUACGAAUUCAUUGAGGAUGCAGCAAUCUCUUUUCGUUCUAAGUACAGUAUGACGCAUCGAUUUACAUCUUUUGAUUACACUAACCACUAUCUAUCUUGAUAACAGUAAUUUUUGAAGCUGAAAGAUGGAUGAUAAGACUAAAGCUUUAUUGAAGCUUUCAAAAAAACAAGGAAACAAUUCUUGUGUUGACUGCGGUGUUGAAGAUCCCGAGUAUGCAUCCUACAACAUAGGCAUUUUCAUUUGCUCGAGAUGUGCCAUGAUACACAAGGGUUUGGGCGCUCACAUUUCCAAGGUCAAACACCUCAAACUGGACGAAUGGGAGGACAGUCAAGUAGAGCGCAUGCGCGAAGUCGGCAACAUGGCCGCCAAACUCAAAUACGAGCAGAGGGUGCCCAAUUGCUACAGGAGGCCGAAACCGGGCGACCCACAGUCCAUCUUGGAAGAGUGGAUCUGCGCCAAAUAUAUGCGGGAAGAGUUUUCGCGUCCUGAGAGGCAGACUUUUCUUUCGGGAAACUUGGAAGGAUUUCUGAUGAAAAGAGGCAAAGAGGAUGCCAGAUACCAUCCCCGCAAGUUCAGCCUCUCAGAAGUGGAAGGCACACUCAAAUAUUAUGUCAAGGAAACAGGUGAGCCGAAAGCAGUGAUCCAACUGAGCGACCUGAACGUGGCGUUUGCUCCGGCCAAACUGGGUCACGCCAACUCGUUGCAGCUGUCCUACGUGAAGGAGGGUGUCACACGGCACAUAUUCGUGUACCACGAUGACCCACAAACCAUCAUCACUUGGUACACAGCCAUAAGAUGCGCCAAGCUCCACACCUUGCAAGUCGCUUAUCCGUCUGCUAACGAGGAGGAGCUGUUGGAAUGUCUUUGCCAAGAUUUUACAUGUGAAGGAUGGCUGUGGAAAACCGGCCCAAAGCCCAGCGACUCGUUCAGGAAAAGGUGGUUCACGUUGGACCAUCGCAAACUUAUGUACCAUGAAAAUCCUCUCGACGCAUACCCGCGCGGCGAGAUCUUCCUGGGUCACAUGAUGUCGGGCUACAGUUGUCGCGUGGGUGUGCCCGCGGGUGUGUGCGACGAGCCAGGCUUCACGUUCACACUGCGCACGCCCCAGCGCUGGUACUACCUGUCGGCGGCCACGGCAGAGUUGCGCGACCACUGGAUUCAGUGCAUCGAUGCCGUCAUCGAUGUGCCGUUGACGGCCCACGACAAAAUCAUGGCCAAUCGCCUAACGAGGAGUAAAAAAUUUGGAAACAUUUUCUCAAGAUAGUAAUUAAUAGUGAAGGACACGACUUUCGAUCAAAGCAAUAAAAUCAAAACAAUGUGCCAUAGGAUAUUCUACUAUGAUCUACUACGUUAAUUUGUUAGUAUUUAGAACUACAGUGGUUACUGAGAAGAAUUUAAUAAUUACAUUAAUUAUAAUUAUUAUAUGACAGGCUGCUCACUGAUGUAUAUAUUGUAGAAAAUCUCAUAUAAAUAAAAAUUCGACUUAUAUUUACAAUAUAGUGCCGGUUGCAUAAAAGCCGAUUAGUUUAAUUAGAUUAAUUUCACAAGAAACAAUCAGAGAAGCUUUCUUUCCGAAAAAGCCUACACUGAUUGGGUUUCAAGAAAUUAAUUAUUAUAAAAAUUUAACCGGCUUUUGUGCAACCGGGCCAUUGUCUUCAAGAUCUAUAAUCUAUCACUGACCACGAUUUUAUUGAUAUUCGAAAGCAAAAUGUUCUUAGUAUCUGACUUUAUUGACUCUUGUAAUGUAGUCGAUUAUUUGACAGGAAUUUUCACCGUCGUCGACAUUUUUAAUUUUUAAACAAUGGAUACUCUCGGAUUGUGAAAAUUCAUGUCAAAUAAUAAAUAAAUAAUAGAUAAAUAAUUUUAUUCAUGGAGGCAACAUUAAUACAUAAUGUUGGAGGCAACAUAAUCGGAUACAUUAAACUCUCAAGACACUUUUCAAAAAAGUUUUUGCAUUUCUGUGAGCAAACUCUUCAAUUUAAUGUAACAUUGAAUCAAUGUUGAUUUAAUUCAAGUAUAUUUGUAUUAAUUGAAAGAUCUUACAACUAAACUUGCCAGUAACUUUUUAUAUAUUAGACUGUAAGAGCAACUAUAUGGGCCGGUUUCCGAGCUCGGGAUUUAGCUAAGUCCUAGACUUUAAACAGCUGGAGUCAAAAAAUUGGUUUUCCAAAACGGGGCGUAGUCGAAGUCAUUGUCACGUUUGAAUUAAAUUUCGAAA